GAUGGCGUCCCAAACAGACCGCGGUGUGCCCCUCAGCACGCUCGCACCCAAGUUCCUUCAUACCAACUCCACCAGCCACACCUGGCCCUUCAGCGCCAUCGCUGAGCUUAUAGACAAUGCCUAUGAUCCAGAUGUCAGUGCCAAACAGUUCUGGAUCGAUAAAACAACGGUAAAAGGAGAGUUAUGCCUCUCCUUUACGGACAACGGAAAUGGACUGGACCAUGACACCAUGCACAAGAUGCUCAGCUUUGGGUACAGCGACAAAACGACAGUAAAUGGAGUAGAGCCAAUCGGGAUGUACGGCAACGGCUUCAAGUCUGGAUCCAUGCGUCUGGGCAAAGACGCCCUCGUCUUCUCCAAGUCGAAAGGCUCAUCGUGCGUGGGGAUGCUUUCCCAAACCUACCUCGAACAGAUUGAAGCCAACCAAAUAAUUGUACCAAUUGUCUGCUUUGAAGAGACAAAAUCAAACAAGUUCUCUGUAAGAGAAGAACACAAAGCCAGUCUGCGGGACAUUCUGCACUACUCCCCUUUCAAGACAAAAGAGGAACUGCUCGCUGAGAUCGAUACCAUCAAUUCACCCUGGUCUAAGGAAAAGACCGGCACGCGGGUCAUCAUCUGGAACCUCCGCAGGACAUCUAUAGGAACAACUGAGUUUGAUUUUGAAACGGAUCGGUAUGACAUCCGGAUUCCCUCUGAGGUCUAUGAGACACUGAACGAGUCUCUCUUGAACGCAGACCGGGCCAUAUCUUACACCCCUGAGAGCAUUUACUCACUGCGGGCGUAUUGUAGUAUUCUGUACCUGAAGCCCCGGAUGCAGGUCAUGGUGCGCGGUCAGAAGGUACAAUCUCAGCUCAUCGCUAAGAGCCUGGCCUCCAUCAGGAAGGACCACUACAAGCCUACCUUCCUGUACAGACGCGUUCCCAUAAUUUUUGGAUACAACACCAAAAGUAAAGACCAGUACGGUAUUAUGAUGUAUCACAAGAACAGGCUCAUCAAAGCCUACGAACGCGUGGGCUGCCAGCUGAAGGCCAACAACAAAGGUGUUGGGGUCAUCGGGGUCAUUGAAUGCAACUUUUUAGAUCCAACCCACAACAAACAGAGCUUCAACGAGACGGAUAAGUAUAGAAAAACCAUGACCAACUUGGCCGUCAAACUGGAGGAAUAUUGGAAUGAGAUGCGCUUUAGGAAGAGAAAAGAAGACCCGACCAGCACCGUCCCCGUGGAAGACACCAUGAAGCGACCGGAUCAGAACUGGGUGCAGUGUGACAACUGUUUGAAGUGGCGCAAACUCCCAGAUGGAAUUGACUUCAGCAAGCUGAAAGAUGAAAAAUGGGUCUGCCACAUGAACCCCGAUCCGCAGUUCAGGAGCUGCCAGGUAGAAGAAGAGCCCGAGGACUCUGACGAUGACCAGCCGUCAUACCGCAAAACCUACAAACAACAAGAGAGGGAGGACAAAAGGAGACAAGAGAAGCCAAUAUACCAGCCUCCUUACACACCGUCCUUAGUGCGGGCUGGUAUAAAGCCUGGACCUUCUCCCCAGAGGUCCCACGGAGUUUCACCAUCUGCAUGCAGCCCUUUGCGUACCAGUGGACUUCCUGUUAUUACCAACGUGUGCUCGCUGUCGGCGAGCGCCUUGAGGGGGAAGAGGACGCCGCCCGUUACUCCACAAAGUACGCCGAAAAGGCCCCGAAUGAACGGCCUCCCGGUGAGAGGCUCCGGCACGGCGCCAGCAGGAGACGUGAGCUCCCUGUCUGCUCCCACUAACGGUGAUAACCAUGACGUCAGCAACGACGAUGGGGACGACACUGACGACACUGACGAUGACCUCGUCAUCUUGGAGACCGCUAGUACCCCCAAACCACAAAAGCCUCUCUCCGGCCUGGAGGAAGUGAAGAAGGAGGAGGGUGAGACUCAGAUAAGCAUGCUGCUGGAGUGCAGCGACGACGCUGCCGUGGACGCCACUGCUGAGACGGCGACGGCGGGAACGAGCCCUUCCAGGCCCGCGACCGUGGAGACCGGUCAUCCUCCAGCAGUGGUCAACACCACCACCCAAACAGAAGUGGGUGAAGUGAAACAGGAGAAAAACAGUGAAGAUCCAACAGAAAUGAAGGCGAGUUCUGCCCAUUCUCACGCCGGUACAGAACGGAGGUCGGACUUUGGCAUCCCCGGCCCCGAGCAGAAAGGAUUCAAGCAGGAGAAAAGUGACGACAGCCCGAGAGCGACGCCAUCGCAGCGGGCCCUGCAGAACGGGGUGGCGGGGAUGAAGGGGGAUGAAGGCGCCGGGCCGUCUUCAGCGAGCGCUGGCAACGACUACUUCACCAAUCACUUCCCCACUUUUAACGAGGUCCAGGAACAGCAGGACCAGCUGCUGGAACUGAUGCAGGACACGGCUCAGGAGAGGGACAGUUUAAAUGAGCAGGUGCGCAAACUCACCUCCCAGUUGAAGGACACGCAGAGGAGACUGCAGGAGCUGUCUCACCUCAGUGCGAAGGGAAAGGGUCUCCACAAGGCCUGUCAGACGGACGAGACGGAGACGGAGAGAGACUACUACAAAAAUCUGUUUGAGAAGACCAAGCAGAAAGUCAGUGACUUGGUAAAGGACGAAGAGGCCUUGACAGCAGCUGCGGAGGCCGAGGCCGGCGUGGCGACCGCUCAGGAUGACGAGAAGGAUAUUGAUGAGAUUUUACGGCGAGUUGGCUGUCUGGUUCAGCAGCUGGAUCAGAGAAACAAAGAGAGGGAUGAGCUUUGCUCGCAGGUGAACGGUCUGAAGGAGGAAAAAUCAAAUCUGGUGGCCCAGUGUGAAGAGCUCAAGCAAAGCUUGCAACAGCAAAGGGAAGGCCCGUCUUCUUCAGAUAGAAACAUUAAUUUUCCUACUCGGUCACAUCCGGAGGAGGGAGCAGGGUCCUCGGGCUCAAGUGCAACUCAAAGUUUGAUCGAGCUUCGGCAGAAUGUGAGCCGCCUCCUUAUCACCUACGUACCCGCACUGGACCUGGAGCAAGUGAAUUAUGAGUGUAAUGUCAUCGACGAGAUCCUGGAACAAGUUCUCAAUAGUAUGAACUCGGAGUAAACAGAGAAAUGAAAAGGCCUCAGGCGCUCCAGCCACACACAGAGCUGCUGUAGUUGAGUCUUCACAGUUCAGAUUAGAGUCGACUACAUCUGUUCAAACAUGAUGCAACACUGCAACCUGUUCCUUAAACGUUCCUUUAAAAUCAGAACCUCCAUUGUGAUCUGUGCUGUUGGGGUCUUCUUACAUCCAUGGGGCCAGAACUGACUCACAACAUUAAGGAGAAGAUUUUAACCUGUAUGUGACUCAAAGAGCUCACAGAUCCAAGUUAAAAGGCAUCUGGGAAGACCUUGAGAUGGGUGCUUUGUACUAUUCCUUAAGUAAGGAGAAAUGUUGUUGUUUCAAUCAGAACAUGCGGAGGUUUAUUUCAGUGAUGUUAGACCAACCUGCCCACGUUUCACCAUGAAGAUGUAUGGAUGGAUCUUAGUUUGCUUUUAAAUUAAACCAUGCAAGUGAAGUCGCAUGAAAAAGUACACCCUCCUUCAUUCAUAAAGGUUUAUCUUUCAGGACUCGCAGUAUUUGUCCAAACAAUGUGGAGUAAAUCAUUCUAGACUGAGAAAUAUUUCCCAUCUUACUGGAAACACCUGAAAUGACUAUUUCUCUUUAGCCAGGUAUUAUUGAGCCAGACGUGAGGCCAUAUGACAACAAUAACGGGACUACUGCUGUACUUUAACCCAGAGAGCGUCAGCAAAGUUUCAGCUGAAUCGCUGAACAUAAAAGUAUGGAGAUGCUCCAAAGUUACGUUUUCAGUAACAUUUUGAAGAAGAUUCGUCUAUUAUGAGUUGUUAUGAAUUGUGUCAGAGUGGACAGUUAUAAGCGUGUGGCAGGCUGAUCAGGACAUAUAAAAUAUAAUUAUUCACAUCUUGGCUCCCAAAGACGCUAAUUCUUUUUUUUUUUUUUUUUUUUUUUAAGUUUAUAUAAAUUAUUUUGGGUUUGUUUGUUUUUUGUUUUUUUUUACACAAACUGCUUCUGCAUUUUUGCUUUCAUUUUGCCUUUUUGAAUACCUGGUAGCACCUGAUCUUUUAUGUCCUGAUGCAUAAACUUUACAACGUCCAGCAAGUGGGUGCUUUCUUUUUCAGAAAUUUGUAAGAUAUUUUGCCUGAUGUUUAGUUCUUCCAUCCCAACUUUAUCUAAUAGUCUUAUGAUUCAAAACAAAAGCUUUUUCUUUUUUUUUCCUAAUAUGUAUGUAAACAGGUAAAUAUAUUUUUUUAUUCCCAGCUUAUGUUUGGCAGUUGUCAUUUGUAUUCUUGAACUUUUCUGUCAAGAAAAAUGUGAGAUGAUGCCAGCAAUAAGCCUUAUAUUAAAUUUAAAUGUGAUGCAAACUGGACUUCAGUUGAGCAUUUACAAACUUGCUCCAACAAUCGUUGUGUUCAGUCAUUGAAAGAUCUGUUAUUUGUUACCACGAUGAAUGACUGCAUGUACCUCACAGGUAAAUCCGUUUUCCUCACUGAGAUUGCAGGACUCAUCUUUUUGCUCCAGCUGCAUAUUUUCUUGACGUUUACAAUAUGUUGAACAUCAUUUAUUUUAGAAAGAUGAAUAUAUGUUUUGAGUCAAGAUCAGGAAGCCGGAGGAAACAGUCAGCACAUGCGAGCAAUAAGAAAUGUUUGCAAAUAUUAGAGAACUAAAUUCCUACUCAGGUUUCUCGUAGGCCUACAGUGUUUUCAUUGCUACCAUAAGAUACCACAAAUAUGCAACAUCAAGUUAAAAAAGGUUGAACUUAUAAAGUGAAAUUGUCAGAAUAAUGUUUUCUGUCAUUAGUUGGAACUGCAAAAAAAAACAAAGCUUUGGGUCUUACCAGUAUUUUGAGUAUACAAAAUGUGCAAAGAAUGGAAUUUGAUCAGUAUUUUCAUUUACUGCUUUACAGCUAGCAUUUGUAUGUGGGACCCAUAUGAGCUAAAAGUGGGUCUGUCCACAGGUCCUGUAGUGGUCCUACCUGUGUUUGCUCAAAUUUACUCUGACUGGGAUCUAACUGGAUUUUAGAUGAGGUGAAACUAGUUUUCUAAUAUUCUGAAAUUAUAUGGAAACCAUGACUACGGUACUUAGUACACUUAUCCACGUCAUUAACCCAUUUCAACCCCACUCACUUCUCAAGGAUCCCACUUUUAACCCAGAUGGGGCUCCCGUGAAUGUAUUUGACCGAUUUAUGUCUGUUGUAAUUCCACGAGGUUGACAAAAUAAGCAAAAUACAGAGUCAUUUUAUAACAUCUGUACAUGUACACUGCACAUUUUGUGGAUAUUUCAAAGUUGUUUUUCAGACAAUUAUCUCAUAGUUCUUAUGUGUUUUUUUCCAACAUUGUGUUAUUUAUCUUUGGACAAAACAAAAAAAAAAAUACGAAUGAUGAUUUUAUACAAAUGUUUUCAUUUAAGUUAUUAGAAAAUUAACUUGGGUUGUAAUGCAUAUGGUUAUUGAUAUUCAUAGGCAGCAGUAAGUAUGAUUACUUUUUUUUAUUGAUCUUUUGUUUUCAGCUUAAGUAUGAUUUUCUGAAACUCUAAACUUCAGACGUUGAACUGUUGGGUGUAAAGGUCCAUCCAUGCUGUCUGCUGAGAGUCCACCAGUGUUACCCACCAACUCUACAUGAGAUGCCAUCUUUACAGCUGUUUGCAGACAAACACCACCGUAAUGCAAAGUAUUUGAAUAAACUUUAAAUUCUAACAUAUUGUAGCGGUGAUAUAGGGAACCCAUGGUUGGUAGAGUGGCACAGUGACUGACAUGUACAGUACAUGUAGGAUGAUGACCUUCCCGCGGAUUGUGCCAAUAAAGUAUUCGAG